UCCUUUACCAAUUUGCUUUCGCAUCAGCUUCUGCCAUGGCGACGCUGGCUGGCCCUUGGGUACCAGGCAGUGCGAGCAGUGCUGCGAGACUGCGGAGUUGCGGCCAACCUAGGAUCCGAGGUGCGCCCUCGGACAUCCGACAGGGUGCCAAGCUCCAGUCUCUGCCAGGUCUGCUCCUGCUGGUGGCUGGAAAGGCCAUCACGCGAGGCCCCAGGCGGCCAGCGAGAUCAGUGCGCUGGGCAGAGGGCGAUGAAAAGGUGAACCCCGGGCUAUCGAUCAUGGAGGAGUUGCGCCGCAAGGCGCGAGAGGACUUCCAGCGGCGCGAGUCCCCUGGCUGGGAGACCGAGAUGGCGGCGCGCUUCCAGGUCGCAGAGGAGGUUGCCGGCUUCGAGGUGAAGGAGGCCAAGGGGAUGGACGAAGUCUGGGGCGCAGCCGAGUUGCUGACGGACAAAGACAAUAGGGGUGACCAGGAGAAUCUGGAUGGUGAUGCGAACCCCUUCUUGGGCCUUGGUCUGAUGCGCGCGUACUCGGCCCUCUCGCCGAAUGCUCCGCUGACGGCCAUUGCGAGAACGCAAGAAGGUGUCAUCGGCAUGGCGCAGGUGAAGAAGGACGGUUACGUGCAAAACCUGGUGGUGAAGCCCAGCGGCCGGCGGAAGGGCAUCGCCUCGCAGAUCAUCUGCUGGUGCGCCGCGCGCGCGCGCCGCCGCGGGGCCGCCCGCCUUUGGCUGCACGUGGAGGCUGGCAACGAGGCCGCGCUGAGCUUCUACCGGCGCCUGGGCUUCGAGGUUGGCGAAGAAGAGACGUAUCGAGAGAAGCAGGCUUUCCCACUCAGCAAGGAGUUGUGAAUCUAUUUUUUCCGCGUGCUCGCAAGCAGUUUCGCUGGUG